ACGGAAAGUAUUUUACAGUUUGCACAAAGCAGGAUCCCUCUGUUAAUUUCUAGGGUUUUUACCAGGAACUUUCAUUUCCUUUUCUCUUACUCUGCCGUUUCAAUUAGUAUCGGACUGCGUUUUCUUCACCCAUGAAGAGAGCAAUGUUGUGGAGUGCUGAGGUUGAUAUUAUAUCUCCUGAUGAAUCUUCUUCAGAAGCAGAGGUGGAUGAUAAGGAUGGAACCAGUAAUUCGCCUACUGAGCAACCACCCUAAGAAUUGUUCCCUCAAGGUACUUUCAAGACAUGGGUUUCAUCUCGCUUUUGUUUGAGUCUCCAAAUUUGUCAUUUUCUUUCCGGUUCAUGUCCUCUUACUGUCUUGCUCUUAGCAAGAAAGCAACAUUUGACUGUAACAAUGGUAAUAGUUUCUGGCAAGGUAAUUAGUUGCUUUUUAUAAUGUGGGAUUUUAGAUACAAUCUCAUCUUCAGUUCUACAAGAAGUUCGGCGGUUGUUGUUGUUGUGAGAAUUGUAACUGUUUGGACAGGAAGCAAAAACACUAAUGGCAAUGGGUGCUUUAGCUGUAUAAUUGGCUUUUUCUAGUGUAACUGGCUGAAGGAACAGAUUACCUAUCUUGUUCUUGUCUACUCUUAAUGAUGUAGUAUCGACGAGCAAUGUAAUAGGUGCUGAAUCACAGAAUUGUUUUAGGAAGUUGUCUGAAAGGGGUAACGGUUGUGUUUGAUUCACUGAAAUGUAAUGUGAUGUUAUAAUUUGACUGAUUCUCGUAGAAUUAAUUAGUAGUAUUCUU